AUGCCCAACACAGGUAAACCUAGUCGCGACUGUCACCUUUGCCGGUCGAGACGUGUUAAGUGCGAUUUAGCCCGGCCAGAGUGUCAAAGAUGUAUCAAGUAUGGUACUCGGUGUCCCGGCUAUCGGGACGGGCUUGUUUUUCGCUCUCAACUCAACCUCACGAACUUCAGGAAGCGCGAUAAGAGACCGGGUACGCUGGAACAGAGCACAUCGCCAUCAACUCAAUCCUCAUCGUCGUUGUCUCUAUCAUCUUGUCCUUCUCUCCAAGCUACGGAUUCUGUGCCUAGAUCAAUGCAUCAGCACUGGACACUUCAUUCAAUCCCCAUAUUUCUCAACGUCUAUUCGACAUUGCCGUUCUUCUAUGACAUGUACCGAAAUAUCGGCGAUGGCCCCCUCGUAUCGGCCACCCAUCUCUUCUCUAGGGCAUACGUAACUGUUCUCCGACAGCCAACAGCCAAAUACAAUAAAUCAGUGAUUGAAAAUGAUCGAGAGCUGACCACUCAUCUUGGAAAAACCUUGACCUCGGUUCGUUUUGCCCUGACGCAGCCGGGAGGAGCCUAUAGGGACGACCUUCUGGCCACUAUAUGGAUCCUCGCCAACUAUGAGCUCCUUGUUGGGUCUGGGGGAAGAGCGGGACAGUCUCGUCCUUGGAACCUGCACACUCGGGGCUUGUACGGCAUCCUCAAAAUAAGGGGAUCAGAAUGGCUUAGGAUGAACACAAGUAGAACUGUGUUUUGGCCGGCGCUAAAUAUGGCACAAAUCCAAAGUCUCUCCAGUAAUACCGAGUGCCCUCAGGAACUUGAAGAAUGGUUCGCCAUCAUCAGAGAAAAGAUGCCCCCCCAAGAAGCCAUGGUCCUUUAUGUUUCCUCCUUCAUCUUCAAAGCAUGUCAGGUUCAGGCUCGAAUAUUCAAAAUUCUCAGUAGCUGCGACUAUAAUGCUGCAAUGAUAGCCUUUUACGACAUUGUUGCAUCAAUUCGUGAUGCUCGACAAGAACUGAGGGCAUUCGCGGAGUCACCCCGCACAGCCAUUGGUCUAUUUGACACGUACAUGGGUAAUCUGUAUGCUGGUACGUGCAUCAAGGUGUACAGCCUCUUGAUGGCUCUGGUCUGCUUUCUCAGUCAUCAGCGGCCGCUUUCAAUCCCCUUUAAUGUUCUUUGGUCGACGCGUAAUGACUGUAUCAAUAUUGCGCAGAACUCGGCUCAAAAUGUUUUGGACACAUUGCCUCGGGCCCUCGACACGAAGGCUGGGCCGGGGAUGUCACCCAAGACGUUCUUCGAUGCUGUGAAGCUUGUGUGGCCGCUUCGGACAAUACAUGCCAUGCCAGCAACAUCUCCAGAACAGAAGAGGAUUGCAGCCAAGACUCUGGUGUUUCUCGGACGUGAUAUUGGACUCAAGCAAGCACUUAACAUAUAUGCGGACUUUUACGAACCAUUGCCUUUGGAAGCGAGAACGAUUUUAGAAGUAGAUGGCGACCCAUUAGACGAGCUUGAAAGGGUAAUAAGCUAA